GCAAGACGAGCAGGCGAGAAGUGCAAGCGAGAGAGAGAAGGAAAUCAAGAACGCUGAGGAAACACAGAAGAUAAAGUACGUCGUCUCUUCAACUAUGACUGAGCAAAGGCCUUUCCUGAGAAUUGCAUGUGAGGAGUGGGUGCCGUGGACCAAGCUGGUGCGCGCGCAGGACGGCACCCUCAGCAUCGUGGGGCCAAUGGGGAACUUCCUGCAGGUCCUCUCCACCGUGCUGCGCUUCGAUUAUGAGCUCACACAGUCCCCGGAAAAGGUGUGGGGCGGCCCGAACGAGAAUGGGGACUGGAAUGGAAUGCUGGGGAUGCUGCAGCGGGAGGAGGUGGAGUUCGCGGUGGGUCCCUUCACGGUGACGCCUCAGCGGGAGACAGUGAGUGACCUGACCUACCCUCUAUCAGGCGCCGAUAAGGCAAUAUUAUUGGCGCGACCCAAGCUGGACACGGACGUGGCUGGGUUUGUCAAAGCAUUCACUUAUGAGACAUGGCUCCUGACUCUGCUGUUUGCCAUCGUCACCAUCAUCGUCACUAUUCUGCUGGUGCGCGCUGAGAAUGCCUUGUUUGGCACCCCAGUAAAGGAUUUGGGGUCGAAAGUCACCUUGUGGGUUCUGAAGGCAUUUACACAAGAGAGCUCCACAUGGCUGCCUGAGAAUGACGCGGGCCGCCUUCUGGUCACCACCUGGCUGCUGGCGUCCCUGGUGUUCAUGUCCUCCUACAGCGGCAUCCUCACGGCCAUGCUCACUCUGCCCCGCGUGGUGAUUCCCAUCAACUCCAUCUACGACAUGGUGGGGCAGAGUGACAUUCCUUGGAGACUCGAGGCAGGAUCAUCCAUGUUCCAGUAUUUCAAGGAGGCAACAGACGGCGUGCGGCGCGAGGUGUUCAUGGGCAUGUCAGGCACCUUCCAGGACUGCUGGGCGGCGCGGCAGGAAAUAGUUAAUGGGGAGUUUGCUGCCAUCUGCGACAUUAUCACCAUGAAGAAAGCUAUGGCGUGGGACUUCAGCACCUCCGGGGACUGCCACCUGUACAUCGCCAGGGAGAUGGUCUACUCCAGCGCCUGGGUGGCCGUCGCCUUCAAGAGAAACUCCUCCUACUUUGAGCCCGCCAAUGAUGUCAUUCGGGGUCUGCUGGAAGCUGGGCUGGUGGACCAGUGGCUGCGCGAGGUCAUAGCUGUCACUCCGCAGUGCCUCCAGCCGCCCUCCGCUGACCGCACGGAUGGCGUCUCUCCUCUCGAUCUCAAGUCCUUCGGCGGGCCUCUGCUGGUCCUGCUCGGAGGUGAGCUGGCGAGGGGGAGGAUGUCUUUGACUUAUAGUUUGAGUUUUUGUUCUGCAGUGAUGUCUUGCUCCUACACACAUCAGAACUCCUUCACAACUUUUCCUUUCAUUCUGAACUGCUUUAAGCGAGGAGUGUUACGACACCUCAUAAAGUAAACUGACUAAAUGGACUUCUUUUUUUUUUAUUCAGCAGUUUUUUUUUUUAUCAGUUUGUGCUUUGUUUAGCCAGCUGCCUUUUCACAUAAAAAUCUCUAAAUAUAAACUUGUUGACAGCAUUUACAUUGCGUGAGGCAAAUCAAAAUUAGUUGUUUCCUUGUAAGUAAAUAAGGAGUUGCUAUGGCGGCACAGGUGACUAGAAGAGAUUAAAUCAGCAGAGGCCUUACAGUAAGCACAGGCCUUUCAGCAGCCAACACAUGUUAUAAGGACUUUUCUUCUCGCAGGGGAGCUGAUAGCAGCCGUCGUGUUCGGUGUCGAAUUCUUGAUGAAGGCCUAUUGACUGCUGACGCAUUUCACGGCUGCCGUCUGAACGCACCGCAAGGAUUCAUCUCCACUGUUCUCCAUCACUCCUCACACUUCCUUAUC